CAACUCCCAAACAUUGUUUACAAAACAGAGAGAGGGAGAGAUAGGCUUUUGACACGAGCGCAUCGACAAUCUCCAGCGAGUGAGCUGCGCAUCAUUGGGAUUACUUCCACGUGCAACUGUCAGACGACAAGCAGGUGAGGCACUUCCUGGAGCUGAGCUAUGCUGGUGCCAUCCUUCGGGACAGCUGGGUCCUGACAGACGUUGGCAUCACCCCUAGCAGUGCCAUCUGCUGCCUGCUGAAGGUACCAGCCGAACACCUAGCUGUUUCUACCCGUGCUUGAAAAUGCAUAUCAAACGGGAGCCGGUGGUGCGUGUGUUCAGUGCCGUGACGGGGGAGACCCUCUCAGUCUUGGGCACUGUGUUUCUCCUGAGUACGUCUGUGGCCAGGCUCAUGACCCUGGUGUCCCAGCAGUGUGGGCUUCCCGUCAGCUCCUUCAGACUGAGCUCUCCCACCAGCCUGCAACUCUACGACUGCAACUGGCUGCACGACUACGCCAUUGACCUGGGUAUGGCCUUCCUUGUGCAGUAGAUCAAUGGUCCUCUGGCUCAACACCUUAUGGAUGUAACAUAGAGACAAAUGGACUGUAUGGAACACAUUCUUGGUUCAUGGAAACCAGGAGGACAACCUGCAUGUGUCUCUGUCUCCCAGGGGCUACUCUACGG